UUUCAACGUCUCUAAAGAUAGCAUUUUGCCUUAAAUAUUUAGUUGAUUUAAAAAAUAAAGGAAAAUAUACAUAAAUAUUAUUGGUAGUAUUGUCAAACUUAAACGCAGAGACAUGCAAUCGAAGGAACUUUCAUAAGUAUUGGCCUUAAGCAAUAAAAAAGACUGAGCAUAGCUGAAAAAUAUUUAGCUGAGAUUGAAAGUUGGCGCGCGGAGAAAAAAAUAUGGACAAUUUUGAAAUACAUGUGAUUGAAAAAACAGGAGAUGGUGGUGAAGAAAGAUUCCAAAACAAAUUGGAAAAUACAACAGAAAAUGAAGUGGACAAGGAUGACAUGGAAAAUGUUGCCCACAAUAAUCAUACGACUGAAUGGAAAACUCCCAAGAAAUCGAAUAUACUUUUGGAAGGAGAAAAAUUAUUAGAUAAAAUCAACAUUUUGACAACAAAACCUGAAAAUACAUCGUCCAGCACGAAGCUUCCCACAAUAAAGGAUUUCGUCAUAAUUAAACCCAUUAGCCGUGGAGCAUUCGGAAAAGUAUUCCUGGGUUAUAAGAACAAUGAUCACAGUCGACUUUUUGCCAUAAAGGUGAUGCGUAAAUCCGAAAUGAUAAACAAGAAUAUGGUGUCACAAGUUAUAACUGAGCGUAAUGCCCUGGCGCUUUCGCGCAGUCCAUUUUGUGUGAAUCUCUUUUAUUCACUGCAGUCGUUGUCCUAUGUCUAUUUGGUUAUGGAGUAUAUGGUGGGUGGUGAUUUGAAAUCCCUGUUAACCAUGUAUGGCUAUUUAGAUGAAGCAGCAGCGAGAUUUUAUGUUGCUGAAGUAGCAUUGGCAUUGCAAUAUCUGCAUGAGCAUGGAAUAAUUCAUCGUGAUAUAAAGCCCGAUAAUAUGUUGAUAUCGGCCACAGGUCAUGUUAAGUUAACCGAUUUUGGUUUAAGCAAAAUUGAGAUGAGGAAAGGUGAAAGGGAUUUGGAAAUAUCCGAUCUUAUCAACUGUUCCCCAAAUUUAAAUGCAAGAACGCCUGGACAAUUAUUAUCAUUAACAUCGCAUUUAUCUUUUGGAUCCGAAAAGAAAUUGGAUUGUGGAACUGGAACUUCAAACUUUAUAAAUACCAUAAAUAAACACAAUAAUAUAAUGGAGUCAUCAGAUAGUGAAGCCGACACAUCUUUAAAUGAUGCAGAAAAAACCAAUGAUAGCAAAAUAUCCGGCGUAUCGCCAUUCUUUUCAGCUGAAGAAAUAAAUGUAUCAAUAGCAGCGACGCAUACUUGUAAUUACAAUAAUUUAAUUGACAGCUCAUCUUCAUAUCAUACUUGCGCGUCUGUAGAUAUAACAAAAUUCUCACCCCCACUGGAACGCGAUGAAUAUGUCAGCGCAAGUAAUAUACCGGCACCAACACAAAAACAUGUAGAGUUCGCCGAUAAUAACAACGCUUCAAGAGCAUAUUGCAAUGGCUGCAAACAUGACUUUGAUAAAGAAAACAUCUGUAACAAAAACUUAGCCAAAGUGGAAAAUGCUGACGAUACGUCAUUUGAGUUUUCUAUGAUGCGCCGUCGUUCCAUUGAUGAGCGUAUUCGCUCUUCAAAGCCUCAGGAAGAUUCUGGUGUAUCAAGUCGCAAAAGUGAUUAUUCCAAUUCAAAUGUGAAUAUUGAAACUACAACUUCUUCGAUUGAUAAAGCUGAAAAUAUGUGCAAUUCUAGAGAUGAUUACAGUUGUUCGGAUUAUUCUAAAAGCAGCUAUAACAUAAAUAACACAAACGAAAUAAGCGGAAUACGUAUGCAUUCGCCAUUUCGAAAUAUUUCAAGGAAUUUUAAGCGGCCGGAACUUCAAAGCUCUUUUCGCGGCUUGAAACGUAAAAUAAAUUUAAUUAAUCGUUCGGAAAAUAAUUCCAGUUUGGAUAUAGAUGGAUGCAUUGGAUCUGCUAGCACUGGUUUGACACAGGAGAUCGAUAUCUUGGACAUUGGCUCAAGUACCCCGAAGAAACGUAAAGCCAAAUCACCUAUAAGGGGAGUAUUAAAAGUACGCUCACUAUCUGACGAGGAUAUGCCCCAGCACAUACAUGAUAAUGUGGCAAAUGUUGUAUUCUCAACUCCGGUCUCAUCGCAGAAAUUACCACGACGUGAUGGUGGCUUAUUGGGCAAAUUGAAGGCAACACGUUUCGCUUUGCCCUUGUCCAUUGAGACAAAGAAAAUGGAACAAUUGACGGAAAAAACGUCUGGUGUGCAAUAUUUAAAAAUGGCCCAUGAUGAUCCAACCAUGUCCCCCAUUAAUUUAAAUCCCAAUACUUUGCCCAAAACACCGAAGAAUAUCAAUACACCAUUUAGGACACCCAAGUCGGUGAGAAGAGGUGGUGGUGGUAGACAUUCAAGUGAAAGAAUUUUGGGUACACCGGAUUAUUUGGCUCCAGAGUUACUCUUGAAACAAGGUCAUGGUCCUGCUGUCGAUUGGUGGGCAUUGGGAGUUUGCUUCUAUGAGUUCUUAACAGGCAUACCGCCUUUUAAUGAUGAAACGCCCCAAAAAGUAUUUGACAACAUUCUAAACAAAAAUAUUGAAUGGCCCGAAGGGGAUGAAGCAUUAUCACCCAGUGCUAUGGAAGCUGUAGAACUCUUGCUUACAAUGGAUCCUACCGAAAGGCCGGCAGCUAAAGAGGUCCAACAAAUGGAAUUCUUUUCGUCUAUAGAUUGGGAGAAUAUGGAAAACGAGGAGCCACCGUUUGUGCCAACACCUGAAAAUCCCACAGACACCGGUUACUUUGAGGCACGCAAUAAUUUACAACAUUUGAAACUUUCAAAUUUUGCAUUAGAGGACUAAUGGUCAUAAGUCCGCUAAAGAAGCUUGCCUAACGUUGGCCUUGGUGCACAUAAUCAUCCUAGUUGUGAUAAGUUUAAUGUUUUUUUUUUAUAUUUGUUAUACUUUUAUUUGUUUAUUUAAGCAUUCUUCAUUUAACCUGGAGCCAGGCUGCAUCCGUAAAUGAUUAAAAACGUACAUAUAUAUAGCAUAAAUACAUAUUAUAAACAAUUUUCACAUAUUACAUUACAACCAUUACCAUUACUUGCUGAAGAAUUUCGUUACAGCCAACCCAUUUAGCUCGACUUGAAUUGGAUCGUAUUACGAUUUUCGAUGUUUCAACAUAUUUUUGUUUUUAGUGGUUACAUAUGUGUGUGUUUUAGUUUUUAUAUGUACAUCUAACUCAUCUAUUCUUUUAGUGUUUUAUUGAUAAUUUAUAUUCAUACAUACACAUAUUUUUU